GCGGUGGCCAGUGUGCGCGCGCUGCGCGGAGCAGAGCAGAAUCCGGGUCAGGCCGGGUGAAGCGCUCCGCAGCUGCGGCAGUAGUUGGCACCCCGGUUGUCCCGGGCUGGGCCCGAGGGGUUCGAUUGAUGGUGGUGGCAGGCAGGCGGCCUUCUGCAGCCCAGCUGCAGCUCCAGCUGCAGCUCCAGACGGGUCCCUCCUUAGCGAAAGGCAGCCUCACCUGCGCUGAGCACCCGGGAAGUUCUUUCUGGCACCCUAGGAACCAGUGGUUGUGUCGGCGGCGUUGUUUCUGGGACUGCUGGGUAGUUUGAAGGAAGAGGGGAUAUGUGGUACAUUCCCUUCCCUCCAGAGAAUCGCCUUCCACAGAAACCAGUAACGCCAUGAAAUCCAAUCCAGCCAUCCAAGCUGCCAUCGACCUCACAGCAGGGGCUGCAGGGGGCACAGCAUGCGUACUGACUGGGCAGCCCUUCGACACGAUGAAGGUGAAGAUGCAGACCUUUCCAGACCUCUACCGGGGCCUCACAGACUGCUGCCUCAAGACCUACUCCCAGGUGGGCUUCCGUGGCUUCUACAAGGGCACCAGCCCCGCCCUGAUUGCCAAUAUAGCAGAGAACUCGGUGCUGUUCAUGUGUUACGGCUUCUGCCAGCAGGUGGUCCGUAAAGUGGUUGGAUUGGAUCAGCAGGCAAAACUGAGUGACCUUCAGAAUGCAGCUGCUGGUUCCUUUGCCUCCGCCUUUGCCGCGCUGGUUCUCUGCCCCACGGAGCUUGUGAAAUGCCGGCUGCAGACCAUGUAUGAAAUGGAGACAUCAGGAAAGAUAGCGGCCAGUCAGAAUACAGUUUGGUCAGUUGUGAAGGAGAUCUUUAGGAAGGACGGCCCCUUGGGCUUCUACCAUGGGCUCUCAAGCACUUUACUUCGAGAAGUACCAGGCUACUUCUUCUUCUUUGGUGGCUAUGAACUGAGCAGGUCAUUCUUCGCAUCAGGGAGAUCAAAAGACGAACUAGGUCCUGUGCCAUUGAUGCUGAGUGGUGGAUUUGGUGGGAUUUGCCUGUGGCUUGCUGUGUAUCCGGUGGAUUGUAUCAAAUCUAGAAUUCAAGUUCUUUCUAUGACUGGAAAGCAGACAGGACUCGUCAGGACCUUCCUGAGUAUCGUAAAGAAUGAAGGAAUAACAGCCUUGUAUUCUGGACUGAAACCCACCAUGAUCCGCGCAUUCCCUGCCAACGGGGCACUGUUUUUGGCCUAUGAGUACAGCAGGAAGUUGAUGAUGAACCAAUUGGAAGCAUGGUGAAGUGUCCUGGUGUGCCUGGAUUCAAGGCAGGCGUUUAGUGACUGGUCAACUCAGGGUUUCAGGGAGUACAAGAACAAUGUAGAAUUAUGUGAUUCACUGGAACUUUGAACUUGUCUUCCCUUCUUCUAUUCAAAGUCUUGGAUUUUUUGUGGACGGUCCUCCAUUCUACACAGUAUAAUUUCUGCCUGUUAUUGAACCCAAACAGAAAAGUCCACCCUUGGUAGAGUGAGUAUACAGGGGAACUGGUGGCCUUAUACACUAGCCUUAUGCACCAGCCUCGUGCAGACUGCCUUCAUUUCAGGACAAAUUCAGUGGAAGUCAGUGGUACACAUGCAAUUAUGAUGGCCCUGUCACCACAGGAAAACAAGACUUUGUUCUGGGUUUAAUUAUAAAUGGUGACCAAUUUUUAGGUAGAUGGUUGUAGAUGAUUGCUUAUAAAUGAUCCUAGUUAGAAGGCUGUUGCUAAAAGCUGCUGAGCCUGUGCACUAAGAGGCUAACUUUUUUUUUUUUUUUAAACUUUUUGUGGUAUAUUAAAGCUAAAAUAUCCCUCUAUAUUUUUAGGAAAACCUAUAUGCAUAGUUGUGUGGCUUCUACGUUCUUGAUGAAGUUUCAGGGUGGACAUCCUGGAUUUUUCUCAUGACGUUUAUUCCCUCACAGUGCAGUUCAUCUUCUAGGUGGGCUUCUCAUUCUACCCUCUGGUACUGGGAGGUGUGGCCAGAGCGUUAGACCUCUGGGGGGCAGCAGAGGACACACCGCCUCCUCACUCAGAGCUUCCUCCCUCUGUGCUGCUCCUGAAAGACAGGGACUGCCCUGCCCUGCUCUCUUGAAAACCAACAGAGGUUCUUGCCUGCUCUCAGCAGGAAUCCAGGGUGCACCUUUGGUACUGGAUCUGAGGCCACUCUGAGCCCACUGUGUCUCACCAAUCAGACGCCCUUUCAGGAAGCAGAAAGGAAGUCUGGGCUCCCCGCUUUGAUCACAGGGUUCUACUAAUGGAGACAUCCGAAGGAGCCCGUUAACUGGGUACCCUUUCUGAAGCUCACUUUUGGGUCCAUGAUUCCUUGAUCUGCUUCUGUAUUUGGAGCUGGCAGUUUAUGAAUUUCAAUGACUGUAGAUGAUAUAUAACUUUGGAAAGCAUUGUGACAUAAUAAAGGUAUUUUUAUUAAAUUAGGGUAGUAUGUAUGUAGCAACCAAAAAACUGGACCCCACAUUUUUCUUCUUUGGCUGUGGGGUCUUCUCGCCAUAGAGAUCAGGCACAUUGUCUGUACUGCUCCAAGACCAGGGGGAUGGUAGUGGGCGCUGUUCCCACUCUGCCUGUAAGGCUGAAGGAGGUAGGUUGACCUUACCACAGUGUCAGGAGUACAAGGGUCAGGAAAGCAAAGUAUUUCCAAAAGCGGGGUGGGGAGGGACACCCGUCAGCAUUCCUGGAGAAAAUUCGGCAUUCAUGAGAAAACUGUCUUUCUACUCCAGUGCUCUCAGUGACCAAUGGCUACUGAGUGCUGCUUCAUCUGAACUGAUCUGAAUUGAGGCAAAUGUAGGGUUGGCUUCCUGCAGGAAGACUGUUCAAAGCCAAGCUCUUUCCCUUCUAGGUGCCUGGGUCUAGUGCACAUUAGUCUUGUUGGCAGCGUGUCUCCUCAGUCUGGCUAUUGUGAUCUUUCCCAUAGAAAGAGUCAGGAACGAGGGGAAGGGAAAGAUAGAGGCCUAAGGUGAAAUUUUAAAAAACUCAAUCUGUUGGUUUGAUUUGUGGUUUCAUGUUUGGGUGCAAUUGUUCUUGAGACAAAAGUAGAACUUUGAAAUACUUUAUUUAAAGAAACGAGUGCUCUGUCAUUAUUAAAUAAACCUAAUGUAAGUCUAUGAAGAGUUUCACUUAAAUACAUUUAUAUAAAGAGCCAAUGUUAAAGAGUUAUGGAUAAUAAUUCUUCAAGGUGGUGGUUGUAUUGGAACAAGUGUUCUUUCUGUCAGCUAGAUUCCUGGUAUAAAAUAAUUUGACUGCAGGGAAGUUGACAGAAAGCAUUACUUCUGUAUGCUACAACCCUUUAAAAUUGUGCUCUGCCUCCACCCAUGUGGUGGUUUGAAUGAAAAUGUGGCCAUAGUCUCAUAUUUGGAUGUUUAAUCACUAGGGAAUGGACCUGUUUGAUAGGAUUAGAAGGAUUGGAGGCGAGGCCUAUUGGAGGAAGUGCCAUACUGUGGAUGGCCUUUGCCUAGUCUCUCAACCCCAGAGUUUUCAUGCCUGAGUGCUCCCUGCUGGAUAAUGGAGUAACCCUCUGAAACUGUAAGCAAGCUCCUGAUUAAAUGCUUUCAUUUCUAAGA